AUGUCGAGCUUUCGCUAUCGCCCCGAAAUUCUCGAGGGCGUCCCGGAGCGUCUCACCCAGAAUCUCAAGCAAUUCGAGGACUGGUUUGUUCUAGACGCAGCCGAACUCAAGAAGAUCACAGAUCAUUUCGUUGCAGAGCUUGAAAAGGGAUUGACCAAGGAAGGCGGGAAUAUCCCAAUGAACGUCACAUGGGUUAAGAGUUCUCCCAGCGGUCGUGAGUUGGGACGAUUUCUAACACUGGACAUGGGCGGGACAAACCUGCGUGUUUGCGACGUCACGCUCUCGGAACAAAAGGGGGAUUUCGAGCAGACACAGCGAAAGUUCAAGCUGCCGCAGGAGGUCAAAUCCGGGACAGGCGAAGAGCUUUGGGAUUUUGUUGCGGAUCGCUUGAAAGAUUUUCUGGAAGAGAAUCCGACUGGCGCUCAAGAUAAUACCUCUGUGCCUCUGGCUUUGACGUUCUCCUUCCCGGUCGACCAAAAGAAUAUUCGAAGCGGAAUUUUGCAGCGCUGGACGAAGAAAUUCGAAGUCUCGGGCGUGGAGGGCGAGGACAUUGUUCCUCAGUUGGAAGCUGCCUUGGCGAGAAAAAAUAUUCCCGUUGAUGUUGUGGCGUUGAUCAACGAUACAACCGGAACCAUGAUUGCCUCGCACUACCGUGAUCCUCAAAUCAAGAUUGGCAGCAUCUUCAGUACGGGCACGAAUGCUGCAUACAUGGAAGAAUGCAGAUUAGUGCCAAAAUUGGAAGGGUACGGACUUCCGGAAGACGCAAAAGUCAUUAUCAACACCGAAUACGGCGCCUUCGACAACGACCGCCAGAUCCUCCCCUUCACCCCAUUCGACCACCAGAUCGACUCGGAAUCGCUGCGUCCUGGAACCCAGCUUUAUGAGAAAAUGGUUUCUGGCCUAUACAUCGGCGAAAUGCUGCGCCUGGUUAUGGUCAAGCUACACGAGGAAGGGAGGUUGUUCCAAGACAAAGAUAUCACGCGUCUUCGGGAGAGCAAUGUUGUCGAUGCGACCUUUCUCUCCAUCGCUGAAAUAGAUACUUCCGAGGGACUCGAUGAUAUGAGAAAAGAGUUUGAAGGUUUGUUUAACUUUUCUCCUGCCGUGGAUGAGAUGAAGGUAUGCCGGUAUUUGACUGGGUUAAUUGCAACCCGUGCGGCGCGAUUAUACGCCUGCGGGAUUGCGGCGAUUUGCAAGAGGAACAACAUCAGAGAGUGCCACGUUGGUGUUGAUGGGUCGGUUUUCAACAAGAAUAGCGGGUUUAAGGACCGUGCGAGUCAGGGUCUCCGUGACAUUCUUGACUGGCCGGUGGGGGAGAUUGACUUGAUUGCGUUGAACGCGUCCGAAGAUGGAUCUGGUGUCGGAGCGGCAUUGGCUGCAUCCUUAGCUUUGAAAGAGGCUGAUCAGAUUAAGACCACCAUUUUGUAG